UGAGACCCCUGUUCCCCCUCCCCACCAGCUGAUGCUGAUCCACAUGCGUGCGUGCGUGCGUCGCCUCCUUGACGCUGCUGUGUUCGUGUGUGAUUUCAACCCGGAUCCAGAGCUGUGCAGGCGCCUCCACCUCUGCGACCAUCUUCAACAAGAUAUGUUUGCCUUCAUACGAGCCACAGAAUAUGCUGUCGUUUUAGCCGCGAGUUCGUCAAGGACCUCCUCCGCCAUCUGUGGAAAUUGAGAAGUGUUUUCUGUUGAGCGGACGCCGCUAUGAAGAAGAGUUGGUGCGUAAACCUGCGGACUGUUUCUGCCGCUGUCAUCCCGCAGAGCAUGGAACCACGCGCUGAUGGUUUCUGAGGCGGACACUUGUGAGAUGAAGGAUCGGAAGAAAAGGAAGAAAUAUUAGUGGUUCUUUUUUUAUAUUGUUGUUGAUUCUUUUUGGUGUGGGUGAUGAAGCGCGCACACCGAGACUGAUGUGAUCCGCUGUGUCUGAGCGGAAUUCAUAUCUGACUUAUUGUUUUGUUUUUUUGGGGGGGGGUGGAUAAUUGCGCUGGAACUCUUUUCCAUUCAGCUCUGGCAGGAAAGCAGAGCUCGUAGAUGUAUGGAUGUGGGAAUACGCAGCACCUACAUGGCAAACACGAGUGAGUUUGGGGAGAGCAGCGCGUCCUUGCACAACUAUGCGUCCGCGGCCUCUGCGGUCAAACUGGCCUCGCUGGCUCUUAUCAUGGGCAUCAGUUUGCUGGGCAACGCGUCGCUGUCGCUGCUGCUGCUGAAGGACAGCUCGCUGCACAAGGCUCCCUACUACUUCCUCCUGGACCUGUGCGCCGCGGACGUGCUGCGCUCCGCCGUGUGUCUCCCCUUCGUGAUGGCAGCGAUCGGCGGUGGCUCCGCGUGGCCGUACAGCGCGCUCAGCUGCAGGAUCGUCGCCUUCAUGUCGGUGCUCUUCUGUUUCCACGUCGCCUUCCUGCUCUUCUGCGUCAGCGUCACCCGCUACAUGGCGAUCGCGCACCACCGCUUCUACUCCAAGCGGAUGAAUCUGUGCACGUGCGUGGCGGUGAUCUGCAUGGCGUGGACGCUCUCCUUGGCCAUGGCGUUCCCCCCGGUGUUCGACGUCGGCACCUACAAGUUCAUCCGCGAGGAGGAGCAGUGCACCUUUGAGCACCGCUACCUGAAGGUGAAUGACACCCUGGGCUUCAUGCUCAUGCUGCUGGUCAUUGUGGGGACCACACAUGUGGUUUACAUCAAGAUGCUGUGCUUUGUGUAUGAUCACCGCAAAAUGAAGCCAGCCCAGUUGGUCCCGGCCAUCAGCCAGAGCUGGACCUUCCAUGGGCCUGGGGCCACGGGGCAGGCCGCUGCCAACUGGAUUGCAGGCUUCGGCCGUGGACCCACACCUCCCACGCUGGUUGGCAUCAGACAAGCAACUCACCCUGGGAACAGGAGGCUUCUGGUGCUUGAUGAGUUCAAAAUGGAGAAGCGCAUCAGUAAGAUGUUCUACAUGAUCACACUGACCUUCCUCAUCAUGUGGGCACCUUAUAUAAGCACCUGCUACCUUAGGAUAUUUUGGCGCGGGGCUCCGGUCCCACAGCUGUACCUGAGCAUUGCUGUGUGGAUGAGCUUCGCCCAGGCAGGAGCCAACCCCAUCAUCAGCUUCCUGUUCAACAAGGAGCUGAGGCUGCGACUCCGAGCCAGUUUCCCCUGCUGCCUGGGAACACAGACACCCAUGGAGCCGUACUGUGUCAUCUGAACCAAACUGGCCCCACAACAGUCCACUGACAAACGGACAGACUGAUUGUGGUCCACAUGGAGACUGGAAUCCACUUCAGUUCAGUGUAUCCACACUUUUUUACACGUGGGUAAGAGUUUACCAAGGAGCCCAUGAAAAUCUGAAGAAGAAUAUCACUUUGAUGUUUAUUUAAAUCUUAAAUAAAAAUGAAUGUAUGUUAUAUUCAAACCAUUGUUCACACAAUGCUGACUAAGCCCCACAUGACUCUCUGACUAAUGCAGUGUUUAGAUCUCAUGAUGUCCAUGUGUGACAUUUCCAGGCAACAGCAACGUAAAGAGUUAUGUCGACUACAAACACAAUAAAAGCAUAUAAUAGCAUAUAAGCAUAAUUCUACUGCUCAGAAAACCUGGUCGUUCAUCAGUUUGAUGGGAUCACGUCUUGCCACUGCCCGUCCCUGCACUGCUGCUGCUGUACACACACAAACACUCCCUCCGUCAGGUCUGAUAGUAUUGCUCGACAGAGGCCUUUUUCAGAUAAAGGAUGCAGCAUAUAAAUAACGUUACAUCGUUUCUCUUCACAAAGACCAGAGUCAUGUUAGUAAUGCUGGCAACAGCUACAAAAAAAUCACUAAGCUUUAAUUUCUUUGUGAAAGCUAUGAGGCCUAUUAUGAAACAUAGUCAGAGGGCACAGACCUCUGCCAAUCAGCUCAGUCCACAUCCACAUUACUGCGUUUUCAAUUAAAACGCAUACUGCUGUCCACCCUAUCUCUCUUCUUUAAGGCUCUUAAAACAGGGAAAGUGUUUGAAAACACUGUCGUCUCCUAUUUAGUUUGAAAACACCUGGCAGCACUUUAGUCUGGACUGGCAGAACUUUUCAAAAAGAUGCCACCGCUGCCAGCAUUCUCUUCCUGAUUGGAUCUAAUCAGCCACAACUCGACUAUCAGCUAUUUCACUUUCACUUUCUCUCUUUUCACUGUCGCUUUCUGCUCCUUUUUACACCAGCACACAUGCCUGUUGUAGCAGAAUAGUCACAUGACAUACGUUUUAAGGUGUAUUAGUAUGGAUGUAGGUUACUUUUGACACACAAAAAAAACAUUUAUCUGACAACACAAUUUCCAAAUGGAAGUGCAGUAGUGUGGACGUAGCCUCAGUUUCUCAAACACUACAAAUGCACAGAAAACCUAAUCAUUUCUUUCUUAAAAAUCUAAAAUUUUCCUGGCUUACAGGAAAGAAGGUAAACAAAAACCUCCUAAUUUGAAGCAAUGAUGUGCUUUUCUGCAUCACAAUGAAUCCACGUUUUUAAUUUACACACUUGCAUUUACAGGAUGUGACGCAUCCAUUCUGACCAACACGCCUAAUUUUCUGACCUAUAUUCAGCAGCCUGAUUUUUCUCUACAACCUAUUUUUGGUCCAGUGCAAGAUUGUACAGUAAUUGAAUUUUUGGCCGUUUGGGUAUUUUUGAAAUGACAUCACAGUGCAGGUGUCCGAGGUCAGAGACCUGACAGAAAUAUACAACAUUUGACACAAAUCUCAUUAUAUUUUUGAUUAGGACAGUGUCCCAUUUGUAAAUAUGUAAAGACCCGUUUCCCCCCUUUUUCCCAUGUUAUUUUAAAAACAUGUAUGCUGUAUAAUAUGUUAGACUUCUUUGUGUUGUACAUGAACAGGAGGUUAAAACUCUCAUUUAAAAGUAAUUCUUAUUCAUCUUCACGGGUUAGCUGUGUUGAGAAAUUGGUUGGUUCAUUUUAACCUGCUGCAGGAAAUUGAUUUUUUGUUUUACAUAAACAAAUAAAGACAUUGGGAUGAAUACUAACAAUCUGGUGCUUUGGAAAGGAUGUUUUCAU